AUCAAGCAAAAAAAUGAUCAUAGAAAGAGUGAUUUUGACCUUUAAACUUGUUUGUAAUGAUUCGACAUGAAUUGUAACUUUUAUCUGUUUAAAAAAAAAAAAAAAAAAAGCCUGGUUGCCUCUGCCAGGAGGUUAAAACUUGCCUGACAAUGGAGCUUAUAAUUGUAUGGGGUGCCAAUAAUUUUGGUAACAGGUCUUUUAUGUUUGAAAUAUAUAAACGCGCCGUAUCUGUUUAUUAUCUUUUGGUUUCACGUAUUUGUUUUUCUACACGGGGUGCCAAUACUUCCAGAGAUGACGGAGAGUCAUAAUUUGCGCGUCCCUCUAAAUAUCUGACUUGAGAGAUGAGCUCGUGCUAAUUUUAUUUAAAAAUGUAUUCAGCGCUAAAUCAUGAUCAGAACUGUGUACCUCGCAUCGCUAAUAUAACUUUACAAAUGAAGCUGGUGUGUGUGUGUGUGUGUGUGUGUGUGUGUGUAAAAAAUAAAGAAAUGAAUUUUAGCCUAUAGCUCAAUUUAUAUAUACUGCUGCUAAUGAUCGUUUCGAGGUUUUAAAUAUGCGCAUAUAUUAAAUGUGUGACUGCUAAUUGGCGUAUAAACUCUGAUGUAAGAGAUACUGUGUAUUAUGAUCAAAACUACAUCUAAAUACAUUACAUUAAAUGAGAUAUAAAUAUAUAAUCGCUCGUAACGUGUGGGUCGGAACUGCGUAUUUAAGCUUUAACUGAUCGCAGGUACGACAGUAAGAACGAAUUCAAGCCAGAAAGCCGCAAAUAAAUCCCAUUUUCUAACGUAAUUAUUUUUGAUAAACAUGUAUACCGUGCUCAGACUUUCCCUCAGUCGCAACUCGGGAACGCAUCGUCAGUUUUACUGCAACUUUUAAAUAAAUAAAUAAAUAAAUAAAUAAAUAAAAAUACACUGCGUCUGGUAUAAACCAGACGUACCUGAGAAACUGUAUAAAAAUCGCCAGCGUGAUUCGCGCUUUCGGACUCUGUGAGAGAGCGUUCUUAUUUCUUAUGAAAAGCGAAAUUGGUUUAAGCCGACUACUUUGAUGUGUUAAGCGUAGCGUCAUAUCAGGAGGGACGAGAUUUGUUCGUAAGUCAGGUUUCCAGUGAGAUCCGCCUCAAACAAUCUUCACACAAUUAACCGUUUAAAAUUUUUGAUUUUUUUUUUAUAAAUGUUAGAAGGUGCGAAAGUUUCUGAGAGCUGUAACUUUCAAAACGCAUUCUGAUGACCUAAAAAUACUCGCUGAAAUCUAAAAAGUGCUGCCCCCUGCUGGUACGGAGAGCUUUUCCCUUUGAGAAAACGGGACAUCAGUAGGUGCGGGGAAGUCGUACUGACGCUGCACGGGUGCUUAAACGGAUCGUCUUUCAAAUGAACGAGACGUCUGUUUCAGCGAUGUCCACAAGCCUUAGUGGAUCUGUCAAAAAAUAUAUUUAUAAUUAUUGGCCAUGUGACGGCAUUUAGUAAUGUUUGUGAGUAGUUUUUGACGCUAAAACCGAAUUUCGGCGUAUAAUGUUUUUGUUAGAAAAGUCCGACUGUACGCUGAGCUCAGAGUCACGUGAAAAUGAAAACGUGCUGAAGUUCUAAAUCAGAAACACCGCUCCUGGACGCUUUUCAGAUGGGUUUUUAUAUCCACACAGAAGCCAAAAAAAUGAAUAUCCGUUUUUUUCCGACUUUUAAGUAUGAUUUUUGUGAUGGUCCAAGAAGGGGAUUUCAGUUCUCGGCUUCACAAACUGUACAUCUGGUUCAUUUUGUGUAAAAAAAAACAAAACCAAAAACCCAAAACUAACAUUUUCUGCAUGUUUGAAGGCUGCAGAUGUGCCCCCGCCCCUUCCCAUGUAGCCCCGCCCCUGCCCCGCCCCUACUGCAUAAUUAUAUUUUAAUCCAAACGCAGCUCAGUGCUGAGAGUAAACCCACCAGUGAGCCUCACUAAACCAAAACAACUUAAACCACGUGAAUGUGUGUGUGUGUGUGUGUGUGAGUGUGUGUGAGUGUGUGUGAGUGUGUGUGAGUGAGUGAGAGAGAGAACCAUAUCUGUUGUUAUGAUCAAAAUGGAUUCCUCCAGUCACACACUUAAGGCUCUGAACAGCUAAUGAGUCACAGGAGGGAACACACACACACACACACACACACACACACACACACACACACACACACACACACACACACACACACACACACAGAGAGCUGUCUCUCUAUUUGGCCUCCAGUGUGGAAAAGACAGACGAAGGAGGAACAGGAUCAGGAGGGAAAACAGUCUCUCCUUCUCUCUGUCCUUCUCUCCAUCAUUUCUUCAUGUAUGUUCCAUUCUCUCGCCCCUCUCUCUCUCUCUCUUUAACCUGUAUAUCCCUUCUUCACUCUUCCCUCGUCUCCGUCUCUCCUUUUCUCUAGUUCUCUCCUUUCUCGCACCUUGUCCAUCUGUUCUUCUCUCAUUUUCUGUUUCUCUCUUUCUUUCUUCUCUCUCACUUUUUUCUGUCUGUAUCUCUCCAUCGCUCCCUCCGUCUUCCUUUCUUUCUGUCUUCUGCCGUCUCCCUUUUCUCCUUUUGUUUCUUCCUUCUCUCCUUCUUUUGUUUCUCUCUCUCUUUUUGUUUUUCCUAUCUUUUCCUUUUCCUUUCACACUCCUUUUCUGCCUUUUUUCUUUUUUUCACUCCAUCAAAUGGACUUGACAUCAUUUCCAUUUCUUUCUUUCUUUCCCUUUUUUCUCUCCAUUUUUAGUUCGUCAUUCUGUCUCGCUUUCUGUGUUCCUUUUUUCCUCUUUCUUCCAUUCUUUUCUCUCUCUCUCUCUCUCUGUGUGUGUGUGUGUGUGUGUGUGUGUGUGUGUGUGUGUGUGUGUGUGUGUGUGUGUGUGUUUAGUGGUUUCCUGAAAAGGAGAUCAAAUGCACAAGAUGGAAGUGCAGGUGUGUGUAUGUAUGUGUGUAUGUAUGUGUGUAUGUAUGUGUGUGUGUGUGUGUGUGUGUGUGUGUGUGUGUGUUGGGGUUAUUGUCUCUGGAGCAGCUGUUUGUUGAUGCCCACGGCUCUCACAGCGGUCAGUGCUGCCAGUAAAAGGACAAGGCAGAGAUGACUUUGGUCUUGUCCAUGAACCCUUUCUGUGACCAUGAAGCUGAACCUCCGCCCACAAUUUAUCAGCCAAUCUGGGAGUCUGAACACAGCGGCCCCACCCACUCAUCAUCUGGGGGCGACGCCCAUGAGCUCCAUGAUGAGGCCUGCAGGGGAGCUGCAGAUCAUGUGACCAUGUCGCGAAUCGCUUACUUUAAAAGGAAAUAUGUGGAAGACGACGACCUUCCGCUAAACUUCAGGAGUUACCGUCACACCGUGUCCCCGGUGUUAGAGGAACACACUCACAUCCUUCAUCUCUCUUUGGACAAAAUGCGCUUUAUCGACGACCCUGAGGCGUUCCUGCGCCGCUCCGUUCUCAUCAACAACCUCCUGCGCCGCCUCAGGGCCGAAAUCCUCCUCCAGGGGGCGUGGCCUUUCAUGACAGGCUCGGCCCCGGUUACCUUGACGACACCCGUCUCCGCCCACCAGGACCGUGGCCGUAAGAGGCUGAGAUUACUGCACGAGGAGGAAGACGACGAGUGCGUCUCCGCGUGUUGUUGUUUCUAUGAAGCGAGCAGGUACAUGCAGCUUCCCGUGUGUGUGUACGAGAGGGACGUUCAGCCUUCGUCAUCAUCGGCACCAGCACCGGCACCAUCAGCCAUAACGGCGGAGAGACUGGAGCGUCUUUUUGAAGAGGAGGAGGAGGAGGAGGAGGAGGAGGAAGAGGAGGUAGAGAGUGAAGGAGAGGAGGAGCUCGACUCUCUGUGUCCCGGUUUGGACCUGUGCGAAGCGUCGUUCAAGGAGAGAGAGAGACUCAGAGAGAGAGAGAUGGAAGGAGAGACGAUCGUCGCCGUGGAAACGGGGCAGCUAGAUUCGGCUCAGCACGGGAGGAAAUAGCAAAGCGGAGGGUUUACGUGGUACACGUUAACUACAUCAUGGCUGAAUGAACGACGUAAAGGUUGACGAUAACGGAAAAGGAAACGGCGGAAGGCUAGCUAGCUCUCGCUACAACUGAGCUAGCGACGGUGAUUAGAGUCCAGAGUCCGUACGUGGUCCGUACACAAUAAAUUCAUGAUGAAUGAUUUCUAGUUUACGUUAACAGCAGGCCUCCUUUAUCAAGUUGUGUGUAAAUGUUUUUCGUGGCCAAAACCGAACAAAACGAUUCCCAAGAAUUUUCAAGAUAUUCUGUCACCCUGAUUUGUUUUGCGUACGUUGAUGAACGCCAAUCGGUCGUAAAUCAGCCAAGACGUUCAUGGCACGUCGGAUUGAUCUUUAAAUCCACGCCCAAAUCAAUCCCUAAAUGGCGAAGCUCAGAGUGAGCUGAAAACAAUAAAAUGGCGACUAAACGGUGAUGGAGCGCGUGCUAAGCACGGCGUACGCUAAAUCUUCCAAUAAAGCAGCUCAGCCACUGCAGCUUACCGUAAACACGCACUAACUCCUCCUCUUCCUGUUAUAGGGUGGCGUCAGAGGCACACGAAUACUCCUGCGAAGGAUUUACGAAAAAUUCAUUCGUUCGUAUCUAACACAAUAAACGAGGCCCGCCGUCUCUGUAAUGGACAUCGUUUUACAAAUUAAUGUUCGUUAUCAAAACUGAGCCAGACCGAAAGUUAGAGGAAUUUUAACGCAACGCAACGUAACGGACUUUUUUUAUUCCGAGGGACAGAAAAUGUUACAGUUUCUCUCCAGAAACUAGCUAACGGUGCCUUAUUUCCGUGUUUGUAAAUGUACAUGAUGUAGUUUGUAUGUGUGUUUGUGCGUGAAUAUCCUUAACUCCUUACUUUAAUGCAAAAAAAAAAAAAAAAAACAGCAAUUAUUGAUAUUCCUUCUUGAUAUGAUCCCAUUUGGGAUGAAAUGUACCGUUUCGGUAAACAGAAAAAAAUUGGCUGGCUAGCUACUCUGUGCUUACUUCUUAGCUAGCUCCUGCUAGCUCACUGCAAAAAAAAAUAAAUAAAUAAAAAAGAAGAAGAAGAAAAAAGGAUAUAUGUCUUUAAAUAGCAGAUAAUCGUGUACCAAGGCUCUGAUGUCACAUAUAAUGUUCCGCUAGUCAGCUACUACAUAAGGGCUGUUAGGUUAUGUUACAUAAGCUAGCCAGUCAUAUUUGCUUGCUUGCUAGCAUCUCAGCUUACAGACAAACCAAGUACAACUUUAGCUUUUGCCUGAAAUCAGCCACGUGGUUACAGGAAGUUCAGACCAUAUAACGUAGACGUCAUAAUUGUUUACCGGAAAGAAAUUGGUAUUUUUAAAAAAUAAGUUUUUGGUCAUUGGAAAUGUUAGCUUGCUUGUCUUUAAACGAAGCUAGCUAGAGAUACAGUGAUGGGGUUUCAUUGGAAAAAACAAAACAAAAGAUGAACAGCUAGCUAGCUUGGAAAUAAAAUUUAAAAAAUGAGGUGUUCAAAAAUGCAGAAUGAAACCUAGCAUUAACGCUAGCUAGCUAGCUAAGUGCUGCGAGAGAGCAGUGUUUAGCUAGCUAGAAAAUAUUACAGUCCACUCGCUGCUUUCUUUCACGCUGAUGGGGAAUUUUUACGGUUAAAAACGUGUAUCUGGAGAACGGAGAGAGGGGGGGGAGAGGAUUACAGGAUUAUACAAUAUCAUGUAUAUUUUAUAUAUAUAAAAUAACGCCCCAGCAGCUGGAAGUUCUAUUCGGUACCCGUCAUUUGGCACAUUAUUCUAAAAACGUAUGCUUGAAGUAAGAAUAUCGUAUCGGUUAAUAUGAUCUUAACAUUUUCUCACGGUUUACAAUUUUAUCAUGAGUAUGUACGUUUUUAAAAACGGUUAUGUUUACACUGACCAGCUUCUUUCUUUUUUUAAUCCAUAAAAUAACUCUUGACAUGAUCUCUUAACCUCUCCAGCAAAUUAGUUAAAGUCUGACAGCUUAGCCAGUCGCUAGUCUUACUCAUCUGCUAGCUAACGACAUCCGCACCGCAGCUGACCGACUGUUUAGCUAACCGACGCUCGUUAGCGAGUUACAUCGGCGCAGUCGGGUUGUGAUAUGUUAGCUAGCUAGUUAUAUUCACUCGCUAGGUGUGUUCUCGGCGUCAAGGCAAACAAAGCACAACUUUAUUUUUUUGACUGUUAGCUCUUGUAGCAAAGAACGAGCUGGCUAAGAACGGUAGCGAGCUCACAUCUGUGAACAGAUGAAGUUAUUUUGAUUCAAAUUGAAACUUGAAGUUCAAUUAAGAUUUGAUUCAACUUGAAAUGAGUUGUUGGGGUUUUUUUUUUAAAAAUCCCUUAAAAUAAUAUUGUGUUCAAAGUUAAAGUGAGAGAAAAUCCCUAAGUGAAGAGGAAAAUUAUUCCUUAAAAUAUCCCUUGCUGAGUAAGUUUGUAAACAUUUCCGAGAAAGAUGUAAAAAUCCGCCCUGUACAGCUCCAGGAUCAGUCACAACCGGGAUAAAUAUUAAUAUUCAAUAUUCAAAUAAAAAUAAACAACUCUAUCCAGGCAGAGAAUUUAAAAGACGGUAAUAAAAUACGAUGAACAGUAAACGGUACGUAUUUUCCCGACGCCCUCACAGACCUGACGCGUGUACCGGUGUGUUUUUAACUUUUAUUCAAUUAAUGUAUCGAAUUUUUAAAGUAAAUCUGUCUCUUUGUAUAGUUAAAAAAAAAAACAACUUUUUUUUCUUUUUUUUUCUUUUUCUUUUUUUAAAGUUUUGAUGUGCUUUUUCGGUGUAAUGUUUAAAAACAAUAAAAUAAUAAUAAUAAAAACAAUUCCAUACAGUUAAAUGUA